AUGGGUUCCUCUGCAACUGCUCCGGGGGGUUGUAGAUCCGAGGCUGGUGGCCUCCGUUCUGGAGAUUCAGUGAGGCGGUGUGGCGAGUGGGUGUGCGUAGGGUCUGGUGUCUUCAGGCGGUUUGCUUCUGCUCAAGGGAGACGGCAUGUACUGUUGUCUGUCGUGGUUAGAGUUUCUGUUGGUUCUGCUUCGUGUGUUCAUUCGUCGUGUUCCAUCAAGGCGUGUCUCCGAAGCGCUCAAAGACCGGGGCAGGUUCUCUGUUUCGGAUCAGGUCGUCGUCUUGUAUCUCCGGUUGGGUCAGUCGGUUGUGUGGACGGCGAGGACCUGAAGAACUCGUUUCAGAUCAAAAAGAGUCAUAGGCAAAAGCAGCAACAACCGCAGCCGCAAAUACAUCAACAUAUUGAAGAAAUCAAGUAUGUAGGAGUAAGGCGGAGGCCGUGGGGAAGAUAUGCAGCUGAAAUAAGAAACCCUACUACAAAAGAGAGGUAUUGGCUAGGUACUUUUGAUACAGCCGAGGAGGCUGCUUUGGCUUAUGAUAGAGCUGCACGGUCCAUAAGAGGCUUGACUGCUCGGACAAACUUUGUCUACUCCGAUAUGCCUCGUGGCUCUUCAAUGACUUCCUUCAUCUCUCCUGAUGAAUCUCAACGUUUUAUUUCCGAAUUAUUCAACCCUCCAUGUCAGCUAGAAGCUCCUAACAAUAGCACCAAUAACCAACACCAAAACUCUAAUGAGUUCGCAUACAAUGGGUGGCCACAGGAGUCUGGAUAUGGUUAUCAAUCUAUGAAAUCUAGUUAUGAGCAUUGUGAUCAUGAGCUUCCACCUCUUCCUUCAAGUACAUGUUUUGGAGCUGAACUUACUAUUCCAGAGACCAAUAGCUAUUGGAAUGCGGCGAAUGCCUUUGUGGAUCAAAACAGUCUUGGUGAGAGUGGAACAGAAGGCUUUGACUCUUCAUCCUCCUCGUUCUUCUACCAGUAA